AUGGGAGAAGCUGCUAAGCUUUUUGCUGGUUUUUGGCCAUACGGUGAUCAACAAAUUCAUGGUUGCUUACACAAGAAGGUCGGUAUUGGACGCCUCCAUGGAUUGGUCUCAACCACCACUUUCAUUUUCCUCGUCUCUUUCCUUCUUAUUGCUACCUUCCUCAAUUGGAUGCAAAUCCCUAUUAUACAGGGCUCCCCAUUGACCAACAUGAGUUUGCUUCCCACACGAAACACUAAAAAGCACUAUGAAAGGGUUGAAGUUCCACUCAACUGCUCCAAAGCUGCUCUGCAAGGUAGAAAAUGCCCAGACAAUUACCCAAGGGUAUUCGAGCCCGAAGAAUCAUCAACCGAAACUUGCCCGGACUAUUUCCGGUGGAUCCACCACGAUUUACAGCAAUGGAAAACUACAGGCAUUACACAAGAUAUGAUCGAAAGAGGGAAACCGAGUGCACAUUUUAGGAUUGUGAUUGUUGGGGGCAACGUUUAUGUGGAGAAAUACAGUAAACCGUUCCAAACCAGGGACUUGUUUACGAAAUGGGGUAUUUUGCAGCUUUUAAGGUUGUACCCCGGAAAAGUACCGGACUUAGACCUUUUGUUCUUCAGUGGAGACAAGACUCAGAUAAUGAAAAGAGACUACCAUGGACCUAACGCUACAUUUCCGCCGCCGGUGUUUCAUUACUGUGGAUCGGAGGAAGCGCUGGACAUCGUCUUCCCUGAUUGGACCUUCUGGGGCUGGGCUGAGGUUAAAAUAAUGCCAUGGGAGGAUACGUUGAGGGCAAUAAAGAAAGGGUUAAAGAGGCUCAAAUGGGAAGAGAGAGAACCUUAUGCCUUCUGGAAAGGUAACCCUUACGUUGCUGAAGAUAGGUUAGACCUUAUGAAAUGUAACCUAUCUGAUAAAUACGACUGGAACGUUCGGCUUUAUCAUCAGAAUUGGAGUAAAGCAACUCAAGAAGGGUUCAAGGGUUCUAAAUUGGAAGAACAAUGCCACUACCGUUACAAAAUUUAUACAGAAGGAGCGACAUGGUCUGUAAGUGAGAAAUACAUAAUGGCAUGUGAUAGCAUGACGUUGAUGAUAAAGCCUGAAUUCCAUGAUUUCUUCUCGAGAAGCCUGGUGCCAAUGGAGCAUUACUGGCCCAUCCGCCGGAAAGACAAAUGCAGAGGCCUUAAAUUUGCAGUUGAAUGGGGCAAUAGUCACAGUCAACGGGCACAGGCCAUAGGGAAGGCGGGGAGCAAAUUCAUUCAAGAGCUUCUAACAAUGCGGAACGUGUAUGAUUACAUGUUUCAUUUGUUGAAUGAAUACUCAAAGCUCUUGAAAUUUAAACCGACGGUACCUCCAAAAGCCCGGAGGAUAUGCGUCGAAUCGUUGGGGUGCCCGCACACAGAUUUAAAAAGGGAGUUCAUGGAGCAAUCAACAGUGAAGUCACCUAGUAAUAAGCUUCCAUGUGAAUUGCCUCCUCCAUUUGAACCUCAGGUCAUUCAAGCUUCUCUUGAGAACAAAGAGAAAAUGGCUAAGCAAGUGGAGACGUGGGAGACUGUGUAUUGGAACAAACUAAAUGAUAAUAAACAAUAGAGACCACUUAUAUAAUCUUUUUUUAGUUAAUUUUCAUCGAAAUUGUUAGUUAAUUAUUAGUGUAG